UCUUAUUCCAAUACCAGCCCUGCUUGUCAAGAUGAUCCCUUUUACAGCGGAUUGAUGUGGCAAGCACCAGGUCUGCCUUGAGAGAGACCUUCCGUGGGGAAUGUGCCCGCAGGCAUGGCCUGUGACAUCAGCCAAAUCCUCAUGGGAUGCAAGGAGUUUGGAAAGGUUCUGGACAACUUGCUGCAAGAACCGGCAGCCAGUGCAGGCCCGGAUGUGGUUCAGCAGGCUACGAAGCUCCAUGAAGGCAUUCAGCGCCUACAAUUUCUUCUAGAGGAGGAGAGGAGGAAGGUGGACACUGUGCCAAAGCCUUUCGCCGGGAUUUUUCCCAACACGCUGGAGGUUCAGCAUUUGCUUCAAGAGCUGGAGACGGUGAAUGGGACCAUCCGAGCCCUGGACGAGAUGAUGGCCGCCGAGAGCAUGCCGUUGGUGGAAUGUCUCGGCCUGGGAGCGGCGGGAGCACCGGGAGCGCCGGCAUCGCGGACAGAGGAGUGGAAAGUUCAAGACGCCCACCAGGCCCAGGCUCCGGCUUUGAACACGCUGCCACCGGUGCCGAGUUCCGCCACUUUGCCUGGGGAGCCAGCCAUUGGCGGAGGUAUGGACGCGGAGGCAGAGCUUGAUCAGGUGCUGCUGGAUGCACCUCAGCCUUCACGCUCCAGUGCUUCAGUGAUACGCGACGCUUUGGUGCCCAGCCGCCGUUUGGCAGAUGCUGAAGACACAGCCCAUGUUGCUUCCUUGCUUUGCUCGCCGGAGACUCUGGCGCUUCAAGAUAUUCCGCCGCCCAAACCCGACUCGCAGCAGCUUUUUCAAGUGGUGCCGGUCGAGGCGGAGGUGGAUGUCGGGAGAGCUCCGACUCCAGCCAAGUCUCGGCUUGGCAUGACCAGGAAACGGCGAAGAAGAGCUUGGCCGACACAGCAAAUCGAUGAUGUGAUCGAAAGCUUUUCUGAGUAUGCGAGGUCCCAGGAGGUGCAGUCAACUCUGGAGCGAGAGCAAGAGAUGCAGAGAGAGGCCGGCCGCGAGCUCCAACCGUUGCAGAACCUGCCAGCUAUUGUGCCUUACGAGCCUUAUGAUGGUUGCGGGCCUGCAGGCCAAGGCAAACGCGAGCUUCCCAGCUUGUACAAGCAUGUCAUUGAUGUGACCGACGAUGCUGACCACUUGCCCAAGCCGCUGAUGCAGGAGGAACAUGCAGCAGCACACAAUGCAGUUGUGCCGUAUGUGCCUCCAGCCAAGCCAGCUGAAGAGCAGAAGCCUGCAAAGCAAGCAAAGCGCCGUCGAACUCUGCUUUCACAGCGAGUGCGGUUGUCACAGAUGCAUCUUGCAUCCCAAAGUCAGAAAGGUGUGACUGCAUCGCAGCGUCUUUGUGCUAGCCUUACACGCCGUGCGGGUCAGAAGAGCCGCCGCAGAAAGGGCUGGGUCUUGGACCCAGAAGAUGCGCAAGACGCCCAGGAUGUGCUGAAUGCACAAGAUGUGCAGGAAGCGCAGGGGAAUGUGCGAGCGGAUGUGCAAGUAGCCGGCGCUCAAGUUGUGCAUCCUGUGGAAGACCCGUUGGACCUGCCAAAAGCUUCAACGCCAGAGCGUCCCAACGUCCUUUUUUCCGGGUUUUCCCGCAGUGAUCUCCAUCAACUGAAAGCAUCUGUAAACUGCCUGGGUGGUUCUGCAGUGAGGGACUUGCCCUCAGGAUCUUCAGCAUCCGAGACACGAGUAGUGGUAAGAUGCACAUCGGAGUCAGGCAAGCUGAUCGCUGGAGCGAGAACCAUCAAGUACUUGGACGCGGUCCUUGCGGGUGCUUGGGUGCUGUCCCCUGAAUGGGUGCAUGCCUCCAUGCGAGCAGGCCAUUGGCUCGCCGAAGCAAAGUUUCAGCUGCAGGGCGAUCCAGCGGCCUUCGGUGGCCCAGUGAAAGGCCGCCAGCACGGCCCAGAACUCUUUGCCGGCUUUCGCUUCCACUUCGCCCAGGCGAAUGCAAAGAAGAGGAAGGAGUCUUGGGAUGAGGAUGGCCCCGCGCCCCACGAGCUUGUCCGCCUGGCACGGCGAGCUGGUGCCGAGGUGUUGGAGACGUUGCGGAAGUUACCAGACGCAACCGAGGACCCACCGCACUUGGCUGGUGAUUUGGUGGCAAAGAGGAAACGGAAGCGGCCCGGGAAUUCGGCGAAGGACAGUGGGGCUGCAGGCUUACCACAAAUGUGGUGGCGCAAACCCAUCAUGGUGACAAUGCCUUCGGCAAAAGUGCCUUCAAAGGGCCGCAGUGAAAGGGCUGUGAAGCUUGCAAACGAGCUGGGGUGGGUGAUCCUGCCCUCCUCUUGGAUGCUGGACUGCAUUUCCCACGGGGAGGUCCGCAUGCCGUGAUGCAUGGCAGAGGGUGCUUUGUGGGGGCUUCACAAAGCUGUUUUCAAGCAAUGGCGCCAACGGUGUGCAGAAGCAGUGGCUGAUCCGAG